AUGGUGUCAAAAAAACAAAAGAAAGAUCAAAAAUCAUCAAUAGUUAUAUCCAAUGAUGAUACUCCAAUGUCACCAAAUGCCGAUAACCCAAAUUCACCAUAUCAUGAAAAUGGAAAUGAUAGCGAUUCAACAAAUACACCAAAUAGCAAGAAGAGGCAAAGAUCAAAUAGUGGGUCAAGGAAUAAAGCAACGUCAAUCAACUCACCAUCUAUUUCAUCAAGUAAAAUAAAUAUUUCAUCAUCGACAAUCGACAAAAAUUCGAUAGAAUCAAGUUUAGAAAAAAAUAAAAAAGAGUUUUUAGAAAUUUCAGAUAAAAGAAAUUCAUUAAUUAGAGAGUUGGCAAUUUUAGAAGAUAAAGAUUUGUCAUUUUUAGAUAUAGAUCAAAAUAAAAUUGAAUCAAUCGUUGGAAAAAUGGAAGAGUUCUAUAAUUCAAAUGGUUAUCAAGUUUAUUCUAAAGAUUUUAUAAAUAAUUUAUCACAAUUACCAAUUUUAGAUGUAAAUAAUAAUAAUAAUAAUAUGAAUAGUAAUAGUAAUAAUAUGAAUAAUACACCUAUUAAACCAACAGUACCAUCAGAAAGACCAAAGAGUGAGCGAUUAAAAAGAGCAUCAUUAUUGGCAGAGUCCAAAAAAACAACCACAACCACAACCACAACCACUACUGCAACUACAGCUUCACAACCAACAGAUAAAACUUCAAUAACAGAUACAGAUACAAGCAAGGAUACCAAUGACAAAGAAAAUAAAGAUAAUAAGGUAAAAGAAAAUAAUAAUACAGAUAAUAAUAAUAAUAAUGAUGAAGAAAAGUUAACAUCUCAAGGACCACAAAAAAAACUCAGAAGAGAUGCUUCAGCAUUAAAUACAAAUCCAACAACAAAUCAACAAGAGAUUAAAAAUAACGAACCACUUCAACCACAACAACUUCAAUUAUUAGCUCAGUUACACCCAGAAGAUUUUAAACCUUUACCACCACCACCUCCAUCAGCACUGAUUCAAAUACCGCCACUAAGUACAGAUAUUAUAGAAAAAGCAAAAGAGGAUGCCAAAAUUAUGAGAAGAAUUCAUGAAUUACAAAAGAAAGGUGUUUGGGGGCAUAAACAACUUCAGAAAUUACCAGAACCACCACGUCCAAAAGUUCAAUGGGAUCACUUAUUAGAGGAAAUGCAGGUUGUAUCAGAAGAUUUUAUUAGGAAUAGACGUUUGAAGAUACGGGUUAGAAAGGCUUUAGGUAAAGAUGUUAUACGUCAUCAUUCAUUGAUUCAAACUCAAGAGCAAAGGGAGAUACGUGAGGAAGAAAAUCGUAAAAAGAAAUUGGCAUCAAACAUUUCAAAAGAAAUUAAAAAGUUUUGGAGUCAAAUUAAAAAACUUAUUCAAUAUAAAGAUAAAAUGUACUUGGAGUCAGUUAAGAAGGUUGAAAGAGAUAGACAAUUGGAGUUUAUUGUAGGUAAAACUGAAAAGUAUUCGUCAUUGUUAGCAGAAAAUUUACGCGGCCCAGAAUCAAAUGAAAGCUCAGCAUCAACAUCCACUUCAAAAGCUUCACAACAUUUACAGCACCUUACACCAAAAGAUUUAAUGGAGGAGGAGGGCGGGGAGGAUGACUAUCAACACUCAUCAUCAGACUCUUCAUGUGAUUUAUCUGACGAGUUUGUAUCUGAAGAAGAAGAACAAUUAGAAUCUGAAGAGUAUUUGGAAAGAUUGAAAAGAGAGUCGGAUAUGCCAUUGGAUGAGUUAUUGAAGCGUUUCGAUGAUGAAGAUUCGGAAGGCGAAGAUAUUCAACAACCACCACAACAGGAAGAAGAACUAAACGAAAUGAAAGAAGAACAAAUGGAAGAGGAAAUAAAGGAUUCAAAAGAUGCUAUUUCAAUUGCAUCAAAGAAAGCAAUUUCAUCUCAACCAACAGGUUUCACAUUCAAUACCACUCAGGUUAAAACUAAAGUACCUUUCCUUAUUAAAUAUCCUUUAAGAGAAUAUCAACAUAUUGGUUUAGAUUGGUUAGUUUCUUUAUAUGAAAAGAAUUUAAAUGGUAUUUUAGCAGAUGAAAUGGGUUUAGGUAAAACUAUUAUGACAAUCUCAUUGAUUGCUUACUUGGCAGUUUCAAAGGGUAUUUGGGGUCCACACUUAAUUGUUGUUCCAUCAUCUGUAUUAUUUAAUUGGGAAGCAGAGUUUAAAAAAUGGGCACCAGGUUUAAAGAUAUUUACAUAUCAUGGUUCAAGCAAAGAUAGAAAGGCCAGUAGAAAGGGUUGGUCUAAAUCAAAUGCUUUUCAUGUUUGCAUCACAUCAUACUCUAUGGUUUUAUCAGAUCAUUUAAUUUUCCGUAGAAAGAAAUGGGUCUAUAUGAUCUUGGAUGAAGCUCAUGUCAUCAAAAACUUUAAAACUCAAAAAUGGCAAAAUAUGUUACACUUUAAUACCGAACGUCGUCUUUUAUUAACAGGAACACCCCUUCAAAAUAGUUUGAUGGAACUUUGGUCUUUGAUGCACUUUUUAAUGCCUGAUAUUUUUCAAUCACACAGAGAGUUUCAAGAUUGGUUUUCAAAUCCUGUAACUGGUAUGGUCGAGGGUAAUGAGGAAGUCAAUGAAGAUAUUAUAAAUAGAUUACAUGCCGUACUUCGUCCAUUCCUCUUACGUCGUCUUAAAAAAGAUGUCGAAAAACAAUUACCAGCCAAACAUACUCAUAUUGUGCCUUGCUCAAUGUCACGUCGUCAAAAAUUCCUCUAUGAGGAAUUUAUAAAUUUAAAUAGUACUCAAACAACAUUAUCAUCAGGCAGUUUCUUUAGUAUCAUAAAUAUUUUAAUGCAACUCAGAAAGGUUUGUAAUCAUCCAGAUCUCUUUAAAGUACGUCCAAUUAUUUCACCAUGGGAUACCGAUACAGUUAGUUUCGAAGUUAGUUCGAUGGUAGUAAAUAUUUUAGAUGAUUUACCAAUUCGUAAUUUAAAUUUAAAUCUUUUAAAUUUAGAUUUAAUCAACUAUGAAACAGCUUUAUCUCAGAACGAUGCAGACACUAUUUUAGAAUUAUUACCCAGAGAAAGUGCAUUACUCGAACUUUUUAAUCAAUUGGCUCGCUCUCUACCAAAUAUAUCCUUACAAUAUUCUCAACCAAAUGCUCAACAAAUGUUAACAUCUUGUUUAGAUAUUUAUCAAAAUCAAAGAAAUGAAUUUCAAAUUAAACGUUAUCAAGAGACUCUAGAUAGAAUGCGUUAUCAGAAAACCAAGUAUCUCAAUCGUCCAAUCUAUGGUCGUGAUUUAGUAGACUCACUUAAGAUUAUUGAUCCAAUUAGAGAUUUGUAUUCAAUUGCUUCAAAACCAUCAAAAUUUUUAGAAUAUUCAGAUUGUGUUUUAUCAAUGAUAAAAACCCCUUCACAACGUCAACAAAUGAUGGAAUCAAUUAUUAACAAUUAUACUUUUCUCAUUCCAAAAACUCGUUCCGAACCAAUUACUCUAGUUCAAUAUGGCGCAUCUCCAUCCAAACUAAUGGAGGAGCAUCGUAAUGAAAUUACUCUACUCCAUGGUUUACAACACGCUUUCGAUUCAUUUUAUCCAUCAUAUCAAAGAAUGAAGUUUUAUUUCCCAGAUAAAAGAUUGGUUCAAUAUGAUUGUGGUAAACUUCAAGAGAUGGCUAUUCUAUUACGUAAACUCAAAAAUGGUGGUCAUCGUGCACUUAUUUUUACCCAAAUGACCAGAAUGUUAGAUAUCUUUGAGGAGUUUUUAAAUAUACAUGGAUAUACCUAUCUAAGAUUAGAUGGUUCAACUAAAAUUGAAAAGCGUCAAGCUCUUACCGAACGUUUCAAUACUGAUCCAAAGAUUUUCCUUUUCAUUCUUUCAACUAGAUCGGGUGGCCUUGGUCUUAAUCUUACUGGGGCUGAUACAGUUAUUUUCUAUGAUACAGAUUGGAAUCCUUCAAUGGAUGCACAAGCUCAAGAUAGAUGUCAUCGUAUUGGUCAAACUCGUGAAGUCAAUAUUUAUCGUUUAAUUACAAUGCACUCUAUUGAAGAAAAUAUAUUAAAGAAAUCAAAUCAAAAGAGACAAUUAGAUAAUAUGGUAAUUAAAGCUGGCGAAUUUACAACAGAAUUCUUUAAAAACUUAAAAAUUAAAAAUGAAAAUGUUAAAGAUACCAUUAAUGAAAAGGAUUGGGAAAAAGCUGUUGAACAAGUAGAGGAUGAAACAGAUGUUUUGGCUACAAAGAAUGCACUUAAAGAGGCAGCAAAUGAAUAUCAAGAGUUUGUUCAAGAUGAAAAGUCUAGUUCCUCAACUCCAAUUAUUGCUAGUGAUGAUAUUGAAUUGGCAGAGGCAGCUGAAAUUGAAGAUAAUACCCAGGAUUUAGUUGAAGAUUAUCUUAACCCAAUUCAAAAAUUCGCUCUUAAGUUUAUAGAAUCUAUACCAUCAUAUACUUUAGAAUCUCAAGGUACAGUUUCAAAAGUUAAAAAAGAUCAACUUCCCACCACUAUAAACAAGAAUGAAGAUGAUGAAGUUCAAAUAAAUAAUAAUAUAUCACCAAGAAAUUUUAAUAACGAUGAUGACGAAGAUAAUAAUAGUUCGGGUAAUGGUUUUUCAAAUAUAAUAAAUACCAAUACUAAUACCAAUACCAGUGCUGCCAAUAAUAAUAGCUCUGAUAAUAAAAAUUCAGAUAAUAAUGGUUCAGAUGAUAGUGAUUCAAAAAACAAUACAAAUAAUCAAAAUGAUUUAAAUGACUCAUUAUUAGGGAGUUUAACUAGCCAACAAGAAAAUAAUAAUAAUCAACAUGAAAAAAUGGAUAUUGACACUAUUAGUUCGUUACAAUCAACAGUUAUUGAUUCUCCAAAAGAAAAAGCAAAUACAGGUGAACCAUUUUUUCAAAAAUUUGAUUCCGUAGAUAUUAAUGAACUCGAACUAACCAGUCAACAACAAUUAUCAUUUCAUGCAUUUAAUGAACAACAAAAGAAAUAUGAACAACUAAAACAAUUGGGCCAACAAGAACAACCAUUGCUUUUUUUUGAAAUAAGUGGAAUAAAUAAUCAAGAGUUUAAAUCUUCUCUUAUAAACUUAUUUGGGGAUUUUUUUCAAAGAAUACCAGACCCAGAUGUUGAUCAAUGGAUAUUACCGCCACUUCAAGAAGAGUUACCAAAACAUCUUUUUGAACAAGUAUUAAAAGAUCAAGACGAGUAUUAUCAUCAACAUUACCUCUAUUUAUAUCCACCAACACCACCCUUAAUUUCAUUUGAAGCUUUUGCAAAACCAAGUCUAUCAAAGCUAAAGAAAGGAAAGAUAAUAAAACAGUUGGCUCAACAAUUUAUUUAUUCAAAGCAAAACACAAAAGAAAAAGAAAGAGAGAGAAGACAAUUAAUAAAGAUGAAAAAAGAAAAGGACAAGAUAGAAAAAGCAAGAUUAGAGGAAGAAAGAAAAGCAAAAGAAAAGAGAGACCAAAAAUUAUUAAAUAAAAAUAAAACUCCAACAUCCUCAUCAACGCCUAUUAUAUCAUCAUCAAGUCAUAAAGAUAAAAAGAGUAAAAAAGAUAGUAGUUCUUCAAGCAUAAGUGCAAAUGGUGGCUCCUUAUCUCCAUCAAACAAAAAGAAUCGUUUGGUUCCUGAUGAUAUUAUUGUUACUGGUGGUGUUGCCCACUCUGCUUCCGAUAGAUCAGAUGCUGAGUUGGAAGAUUUCGCUGAUAGUUUAGAAGAAUCAUUGACAAUUAAACAAGGCGGUAUCACAUCUUCAGUAAAUAAAAAGAAUAGAGACUAUGAAAUGCAGGAUGUUUCGUCUCAAGAUGAAAGCUCUGGUAGUAUUAGUAAAAGAGUUAAAAAGAAAGAUAUCAAAAGACAGAAUCCUUUAUCUUCUUCAAAACAAGAUAUCGAACUACCCAACUCGUCAACUUUAUCAGCCUCAAGUAUUUUAACUUCAGAUUUAAUAUUGAACACUAUGGGUCCACCAUGGUCCCAACAAGAGGAUAAUUUAAUCAACGAAAAUGUAUCAAAAUAUGGAGAAAAUUGGGAUCUUAUUUAUUUCAUUACCCAAAAUUCAAAUUAUUCUAGGAUCAACAGAAUUAAUAGAUCUAAACAACAAAUUAUCGAUCGUUACAAGAGUCAUCUCGUUAAACAAGCCAAUCCUGAAGAACCAAAUAAUAGUAACAACAACAUCAGCAGCAGUCCAACUGUUGAUAACUCACCAUUCUCUUUCACUUUGAUGGAUAAUAUCAAAAUGGCUAUCACUCAAAGUAGAUUGCCUGGCAUUAGAGGUACUGCAAUUCAAGUCUUAACAGAGGUUGAGGUCCAUCCCUCCCAUGCCCCACUUCAAAUUUCAACCAAGGUUACAGCUAUUACUCCUUCUGAAUUGGCUUUAAUCGCUACAAAUAAAUUUAAUCGUGAGAAAAAGCUUUAUCAACAACAACAACAAGCAAGAAUGUUACAAUUACAACAACAAGCCCAACAACCUCCUCAAUCACAACCACAAGUUCAGCCACCACAAUCUCAAUUACCACCACAACAAAUUCAACAACCACAAGUUCAGCAACAGGUUCAACCAACCCAACUGCAACAACCACAGGCUCAACCAACCCAACAACAAAUACCACAGGUUAUACAACAACAAAUCCAACUUCAACAAAUGCAACAACCACAAAUUCCACAGGUUAUACAACAACAAAUGCAACAACCAAUUCCACAAGUUUUACAACAACAAAUGCAACAGCCAAUUCAGCAAUCGAUUCCACAAGCUAUACAACAACAAUUCUCACAGCAACCACAGCAAUCGAUUCCACAGGCUAUUCAACAACAGAUGCAGCAAUACCCUCAACAACCAAUUCCAACAUUAUUACAACAACAAUUUCCACAACAACAACAAUUUCCACCCCAAAUUCUUCAACAACAGCCACAAAAACCAUUCGCACAACAACCACAACAAAAUACUCAACAAGCACAAC